CAGGGUAUUGCCGACGCUUGGGACCGAAAGGGGGCGAAAUGGAACUGUCACAAUCGACUUUAGAUGGUUUGAUAUUAGCAGGAGACAAUGCGCAUGUGUCCGAUAAAAGCUUGAGUGUGUUGGUAACCAGAGCAUUCGACGGACUUCUUGAUGAUCGACACAAAAAUCUGAUUUCUAAGGAUCCCUCAUUUCGAGGCACAGACCAGGCGAUUGUGAAGGAGGCGUAUGCAGCACUGGUCACUUUGGUUUCCGAGGCAUCAAAAUAUGACCUUGAUGUUUCUUCAUUGGGUUCUGUACUGGAGGAUUGCAAGUUUACUAAUGAGAGAAUAGAAAUCUUCAACAAAGUUUACACAGCCAAAAAACAGUUAAUGCAGAUUCUGCUGAGUAGUGUAGGAAAUACUCCACCACACAUUGUAGAUGUCGACUGGCGCUUGGAUUAUUAUAUUAAGAAUAACCACCUGGAGAGGGUCAAUGAAGCCGUGUAUCUCGUGUCUUUGAAAACUGAGGUGCCGGGAAGUCGCGAGUUGAAAGAAGUCCAAUUCUCCUGUACCCAGGAGCAAUUACAGGAUUUGGUGGGAAAACUAAAGGAUGCCUGCAAGUGCCUAGAGAAAGUCGGCCAGAUAUAAACUACCAGUAGCUAAGUGAAUGUUCGUGGGGGACCAAGCAGAGUGCAUGUUAAGUUAACAUAUGCCAAUUCCUCUAUGCUUCUGGUACAUGUUUAAGUUAUGAUAUGUAACAGAACAGGGACCUUAUUUCUACAAUAUGUGCUAGAUUUUAUAUUGGCAUCGGACAGUUAACAUCAAUAUGCACAUUUAUUUUGUUAUAUUCUAUGUUUGAAAUGUUACCUGUGCAAUAUUUUUGUAUCGAAAUAAAAAAUUAAAACAU